GAAAGUACAAGUUUGCGACUGUGUUGCAGCCAUACAUAGAGAGGAAAACAAGAUCUCUUCCCGUCUAUCCUUGAUAGGAAGGAAAUAUAAUGAAUUCUAACAACUGGCUUGCCUUUCCUCUAUCACCAACCCAUUCUUCUUUGCCUCCUCACAUCCACUCCUCACAAACCUCUCAAUUCAAUCUCGGCUUGGUCAACGACAAUAUGGACAACUCUUUUCAAAACCAAGAAUGGAAUAUGAUCAAUCCACACGGUGGAGGCGGAGAAGGAGGAGAGAUUCCAAAAGUGGCUGAUUUCUUAGGAGUUAGCAAGUCGGACAAUCAUCAAGCCGACCACAACCUCGUACCGUACAACGACAUUCAUCAAACCAAUGACUCAGAUUACUACUUCCAAACAAAUAGUCUGUUACCUACCGUUGUCACUUGUGCCUCUAACACUCCUAGUAACUAUGAGCUUCAAGAGAGUGCCCACAAUUUGCAAUCUCUCACCCUUUCAAUGGGAAGCGCCGGAGACGCCGCUGCCGCAGCGGCGGCCGUUAAAGCCUCGCCUGCUGAGACCAGCGCGGAUAAUAGUAGUAGCACUACUAACAUAAGUGGAGGAACCAUCGUUGAAGCUGCACCGAGACGGACCGUGGAAACUUUUGGACAACGAACCUCUAUCUAUCGUGGCGUUACAAGACAUAGAUGGACCGGUAGAUAUGAAGCUCAUCUUUGGGAUAAUAGUUGUAGAAGAGAAGGACAAUCAAGGAAAGGAAGACAAGUCUACUUAGGUGGGUAUGACAAAGAAGAGAAAGCUGCAAGAGCAUAUGAUUUAGCUGCACUCAAAUAUUGGGGCCCCUCUACUACUACCAACUUUCCGAUUACUAACUAUGAGAAGGAAGUUGAGGAGAUGAAAAACAUGACGAGACAAGAGUUUGUGGCUGCUAUUAGAAGGAAAAGUAGCGGAUUCUCGCGUGGUGCAUCGAUGUAUCGAGGAGUAACAAGGCAUCAUCAACAUGGAAGAUGGCAAGCAAGGAUUGGCCGAGUUGCUGGAAACAAAGAUCUCUACUUGGGAACUUUCACCACAGAGGAAGAAGCAGCAGAAGCAUACGACAUAGCUGCAAUAAAGUUUCGAGGUCUAAACGCGGUUACGAAUUUUGAGAUUAACCGCUACGAUGUAAAAGCUAUCCUAGAGAGCAACACACUUCCUAUAGGAGGUGGUGCAGCUAAACGGCUCAAAGAAGCUCAAGCUCUAGAAUCAUCAAGAAAACGUGAGGAAAUGAGAGCCCUCAGCUCAAAUUUCCAUCAGUAUGGCGCAGCGAGCGGCUCUAGCUCUGGGCUUCAGCUUCAGUCUUACCCACUAAGCAUUCAACAACCUUUUGAGCAUCUUCAUCACCAGCCUCUACUUACCCUACAGAACAACGAUGUCUCACAGUAUAAUACUAACGUUCAUGAUUCCUACAGUUACAUCCAGACGCAGCUUCAUCUUCACCAACAACAAACCAACAAUUGCUUGCAGUCUUCUAGUCACAGCUCGCAACUCUACAAUGCUUAUCUUCAGAGAAACCCUGGUUUGCUUCACGGAUUUGUCUCUGAUAAUAACAACGCUUCAGCGGUUUAUGGAAACAAUGGGAUUGGUAUUGGGUCAACCUCCACAGUAGGAACAUCGGCCGAGGAAGAGUUUCCCACGGUUAAAGUUGAUUACGAUAUGCCUCCUUCAGGUGGAGCCACAGGGUAUGAAGGAUGGACUAAUGCAGAGCAUGGUCAGGGGUCAAAUCCAGGAGGUGUCUUCACAAUGUGGAAUGAAUAA